AACAGGAAAUGAUUGCAAAAAUUGAAUCAACGCUGGAAGGUCCCUACAACAUUCAACAGGACAGCUUUCUUCAGAAACGAACAGGUUCUUACAACUUCCCUGUUCAGGUCUUCAGGGAUCGCGAAGCUGUCAUGAAUCCCAAUAAGUUCCUGUACCGUUUUAAAAUAAUAAUGAUAGGCGACAACAACGUGGGCAAGUCAUGCAUGCUGUAUCGAUACGUACAUGGAAACUAUCCGGAAAGCAUGGGUGUUACCAUUGGUUGUUCUUUCAGCAACCACGUCCUAGAGGUGGAGCCUGGGGUGAGAGUAAACAUACAUAUUGUGGAUACAGCAGGUCACGAAUCGUAUUGGAAAAUUACCUGCCGUUACCUCCCUCAGACAGCUGGAUGCCUCCUGGUGUUCGACUUGUGCAAUUACACGACUUUUACUCACAUUAAACAUCGGUACGCAGAGGUGAAAAAGACCGUCCAUCCGUACACUGUGCUCUUCGUGCUUGUGGGACACAAGUGUGACAGAAAAGAGCGGGAAGUGAACCGAGAGGAGGCGGAACAGUUUGCAAGUGAACUGGGAGCGCCGUACGUCGAGGUCUCGUCCAGAACGGGUCACAAUGUGGCGGAAGUUUUUGAACUGUUGACCCGACGCAUUUAUCAGGGCUGUCUGAGCGGAGAGGUGCGCUUACAUGAACGUUGGGGCAAAAUUCAUGAAGACAAACCAGCUGAAAAUAAGAUCACUAAGAAUGAGCCAGCUGAAAACAACAAAUGUCGUGUUUCAUAAAUUCAAUGUGAAACAGUUUUUUCCCCAUCAUCCCUGGCUGUUCAAAAGUAGCCAUGUAUUUUGAUGAAAAAACACGAACCAUUAUAUAUCAUAAAUAUUAAAUUUUAGGCCUAUUAAAGUGCCAGAGACUGAUUUCCGAUUUUAAUGUUUGAUGUAUAAGCCCAAUAUGUAUUAAAUCUUUAUCAAAUAAACUCAUAUUAUUGUGUAUCAUACCUAA